UUCAUGUAAACACUCUGGCAGUCGGACUGGUUCAGCCAGACUCGACGUUUGCUCAACCCGACCCGGUGGUGUUCACACACAUUCGACAGGUCGAUUCCAGCCUGAGAAUCCGACUCGACUCAUUUUUGUCGGGUUCAUGUAAACGCCCUGAUCGACAACAAUUCCCCUGUUUCUAUCGAAAGGAGAUUGCUCGCGAGUGUUUGUGGAUGUUUACUCCAACCGAUACCAUACGAAACAGUGAAACGCUCACUGUACAUAACAUUGCGACAUUUGUCGCGCCACUGCUUCACAUUAAGGGCGAAGCUGGAAAUUUUUUUUUUCAAAUAGUUUGAGCGUAUCGGCGUAAUCAAAUACGAGAAUGCAGAAAGAAAAACAAAACAACGAGAGAGGGAGGGAGAGAGGACAGGCAGGGAGGUAAACCAGAGGUGAGUUUCCGGUGUGCUAUCCUGCAAAGGGAUGGGGGAUAUAGGGUUGUAAUGACGACAAAGAGUGAGAGGAGAAAAAAAGAAACAAGAAAAAGAAACUACUACCUAAUUGCCCCUGCUCGUCCUUAAUUCUCUUAUUCUGUUUUAUGUAACCCCGCUACAAGAAUACUGGCUGCUAUAGUUAUGGUAUUCCUUAAUAGCAAUAUUUUGGAACCCCGUUGAAAUUUUGUUAGGUCUCAGAAGGGUUCGCCUUCUGAGACCUAAGUUAAGCUUAUUCUUUAAAAUUAUCUUGAAGAUUCCGCACUUUUAAUAAUAUAUAGGGUUUCGCAUGCCAAAACCACUUUCUGAUUAUGAGGCACGAACUAGUGCGGGACACCGGAAAUUUAGACCACCUGGGGUUCUUUAACGUGCGCCUAAAUCUAAGUACACGGGUGUUUUCGCCCCCGUCGAGAUGCGGCCGCCGUGGCAGGGAUUCGAUCCCACGACCUCGUGCUUAGCAGCCCAACACCAUAGCCACUAAGCAACCACGGCGGGUAUUUUGCACUUACUGUUGCUCUGUUGCAACUGGAAUUUCACAGCAAGAUCGGAUUUUAUUAAACCGCGUGCCUCUGUCACUUCCCAGGCUGACCCAAAAAAUUAUGUGAAUUUGCCUGUGCCUGCGCCUCUUUAGUAUCUGCAUCCUCACCCCCUUUCCCGGCAAUUAUUGGAAAUUAAUCUCGAAGGUCGUGAUUUGCCGUACUAGCAGACACCAGUUAUAAGGUAACGUCAUAACCGCCGUAGUUGCUCAUUGGCUAUGGUGUUGGGCUGCUGAGCAUGAGGUCGCGGGAUCGAAUCCCGGCCACGGCGGCCGCAUUUCGUUGGGGCCGAAAUGCGAAAACACCCGUGUGCUUAGAUUUAGGUGUACGUUAAAGAACCCCAGGUGGUCGAAAUUUCCGGAGUCCUCCACUACGGCGUGCCUCAUAAUCAGAAAGUGGUUUUGGCACGUAAAACCCCAUAACUUAAGGUAACGUCAUAACCGCCACGUUUUGCACAUCACUCACUGCAUGGCAGAUGCGCCGACGAAGGAAAAUUCGCAUCUUUUUCUUGACAAGCCAUGGUAGUAGCACUGCCAAGUGUUACACGGAACGAUUUGUACCUUGAUACGCGAUCUCGCUGCAAUGUUUUGAGUGAAAACGGAACAGCGGUAAGCGCCAAACUAAAAAAAAAAAAAAAGAAUUAUUGUAAAGUAAAAACGCAGGUCCCGGUAUGAACUUUCAAGGACGAUAUCAAGCUUGUCCAAUGUACUAUAAGGAUGAAAACCAAACGCGAACAAGUUGAGAACGACUAACAUACGUUAUUGCAUGUUAGUUUCGCACGAAUUUCUAACAGUGGCCUAAUCCUGGCUUCAAAACAUGCCCUCAGGGCUGCGGAAUCGUUAGAAAUCGGCAAUGGAGCGAUUUCGCAUUCAACUGCUCUGUGUAGUCACGGGUAUAGUUCAAGUUUCGGUAAGCAUACUUUGUUUUUUGUUUUUAAUAUGUGGUGUACGGGACGUACGCAAGCGAACUGUGGCUUUGCGGUUACUGCAAGAUUAAAUCUCUGACUACCAUCGAUUUUUUUUUUUUUGAAAGAAAAGAAAGUCGCAUGCGUUUCGGACGUGUCGAACGGGUAUGUCAUUGCUCUGACACGCUUUUUUUUUUUUUCUAACGCCAAACACGCUGUAUCACGUGGUACGGGAAUGCGACGGAAGCACCAACAUCCCCCCUCCCCCGCUCUACACCGGAGCACUGGCAGACCGAGCUCUCCAGCCUCAAAUCUGAUGACGUGCGUCAGCUGGUGUGUACAGGGCAAGGCAGGUGGCCAGGUCACGUGCCUUCCCGGACUGAGGAGGCCACCCGCAAGGAAGGUGACCAAAGAACUGCAUUUGCUCUCAGCGGCUGCACGAGGUUUGACUGACCGUGCGCCGGGUAAGGCGUCCUCUCCUGGGCGACCCGAGCCUAUCUGCUCGUACAACGAUAUCGGCAAACAUAAUUACCCAUCAAGAAGACUCCUGCCUUUGCCGCACUCCUCGCUGUGCAGGGGCAUGGCAGUCACUCUCGGACUUCUGCAAACAAGCACUUACCCGAGCCCCGCGGCGCUGCACACAAUGUACCCCGAACGGUUCCCAAGCCCGGACUGCCCCCUGUGUGGUGGUCAUGCGGACUUCGAGCAUGUCCUGUGGGGCUGCGCCUCUGCCGGUCCCCCUUUCGCCCAAGAGGAAACGGUGACGCUCAUUAGGGCCCAGGACCAGACCUCUCAAAUCCUGGCAAUCCAGAGGGCUCGCGAGAGGGCCGUCAGGUUUCACCUGGUUGUCCCCGAGUGGGCCUAGCCAGGUGACUUCGAGUUUGCUCGCGUCUAUUGUGGACCAAAUAAAGUUUUCACUCACUCACUCACUCACUCACUCACUCACUCACUCACUCACUCACUCACUCACUCACUCACUCACUGGUUCUAUUUGGACGGAAGAUAUUAAACUUACUUUAACAAGUUGGCGGAGUGCUUGAAGCCUGCUUCAUCUCCGCCACGGGUCGACCUAGUAUUGCACAAUCUUCGGGAUCGGCCCGCGGUUUUUGCUCGCGCAGAAUAAAAAUGCAUGGAACUCUAGCCAAAAACAGCUUCGCUGUAAUACGUGAAUAAUAUAGUAAUAAAUGUGCAGAUCUAACGCACGUGUUUGAGUGCGCGUGAAGCGAAGUUUUUGCGAAGUGGUGAAUAAAAUGCCAUACAAUUACAGGCAAUGCAUGUGAUUGAUUUUACUUUCGUCCUGUACAAACGUGUAGCAUGGUGCGAUGUUUAUAGCUUACGCACCACGUCGUUCAUAAGUUACGGCCAAAUGCAAACACCAAAUCGCGCGCGGAUGCAUAGCUUAAAUUAUGAGGGCGAAGGCGAUGUCCGAUGCGUCUUGAGGGAAGAAUGGUGAUGCCAGGUUGCAUGCACAAAGAAGUACACACGUAUCGAAACUAAACUUCGAGCUUCAAUACCCCUUGUGUCCCACUGUAACGUACCAUUCAGGGAAAAGCGGAUUUCAACUGCAUGUUCAGCGUAGCGGUAGCCAGAUCGCCCGCAAAACUGCCCUAAACAUCUUUUCGUCUUGGUCAACCACAGCGGUGCCUUUGUUGCGGUUUGCUACAUAUUGUAAGAUGUGGGAGGUCGAUAGUAACAGCUGGCAUCCAGUUGUAAGAUUUGUAGUCGGGCACGAACUAUAUGGUAGCGGGCCCAUGCCGUCGUCCAACUCACUCACGCUUGGGACGUGGUCGUAGGGAGGAACUUGCUCUCAUCGAGAACUAGGAGUACAGGAUUUAUUUACAUAUUUGCAUUAAAACAAGAGAUACAUUCGACAGUCUCGCGUGACUCCCCAAUGGAGCACGCAAGACGAAGCAUACAGCACACGAGCACAAAUCUCCAAGCAGCCUGUACGCACCGCUUGUCGAGCGCGAGCACACUCUAGCAGCCGACAAACUGCUGCCUAAAAAGCCUCUGUCCUCCCUAGAUCCCUAGGGGAGGGAAAACUGCUGUCCAACCUUAAUUACAAAGAAGGCGCCAAAUAAAACAACAGACGAAGGAAGGAGACACGAGACAACCACGUAGGCGCACUAACAACUGAGUGUUUUAUUUCUUGACAUAGGAAUAUAUAGCUGCUGUCAAGGAUCAAAGCAACAAGAAGAAACAGGGCCAUCAUCUGCAUCGCACAAGGAAGCCACGAUACAGAAUAACUUCUAAGUGUCGCUCCCAAGAUACGCCAGUUCCUUUGUCGAAAGAGAAACUGAGGCUUCACUGAUACAAGCAUCACCACGCUUCUUGAUCUCAAGCGCUUCCAAUAUCUCCCUUGUCAGUUGAUCAUCAGCUGUGUUCAAAACACAGGUCCUAUCAAAAUCCGGAAUGCACUUGUGAGCCUUACAAUGCGCACUUAUAUGACCGGAGAGCUGGUUUUCCAUCUUAUAUCGAUGCUCAUGCAAUCUGUCAUUCAGACAUCUGCCCGUUUGGCCUACAUAUGAUGAACCACACGAUAAGGGAACCGAAUAAACUACUUUCUUUACACAUCCGA